GAUCAAUGGAAAGCCGAAGAUUUCGGCGUGGUCAUGUGAUCAGCUGUGUCCAAUCACAGCUGAUCGCAUGGGACAUGUACACUGAUCAUCAGGGCACUGAUGAUCAGUGUGCCCUGAUGAUCAGUGUAGCCCCAAGCAGUGCCACCUGUCAGUGCCCAUCAAUGCCACCUGUCAGUGCUCAUCAGUGCCACCUGCCAGUGCCCAUCAGUGCCACAUCAAUGCCACAUAUCAGUGCCUACCAGUGCACAUCAAUACCACAUAUCAGUGUUCAUCUGAGCUGCCUUUCAGUGUCACCUAUCAGUGCCAGUCAGUGCCACCUAUUAGUGCUACCAAUCAGU